AUGAAUCUUAUCGACCUCAUACACCAGAGAUUCGAAAUUAUACGUCUGGAGAACAGAUACACACGCAGACGCAAUCGACGUUCCACGUUCGUAUCAGAGGCGCAAUACGUCGACGGCGAGUACGUCUACUCACCCACGUCGGCCUACUCGGUCAAGUGCAGCGCCGGAAACAGCGACAACGACGAGGACAGCGGAAGCAAAGACAGCAGCAGCAAAAAUAGCAGCAGCCAAAGAAAAGCGAGCCGGCGGAUGAGCAAGAUGGGUCUAGAGAAGAUGGAUUGGCGGAAAGGACGGGAGGGGCGAGAUAAGAGCACGGUAUCAGUGCGGGAGGUAAAGUGGGAUGAUAGUGUAAGAAGCUAG